ACAACAACUUCCAGGGUCAAUAAUUUUCUACUCCACGCGUGAAGUGACAGCAAAAUCGGUAGGAAGUUAUUCCACCUGUGAAGCAACAUUCAACACAACGGAGACGUUUACAAGUUAUUAUUAUUAAAUUUUAAUUUUCUUAAAAUGGUGUUUUACUUCACAAGUGCCGUGGUGGAGCCUCCUUACACCAUUUACAUGGGAAAAGACAAAUAUGAAAAUGAAGAUCUCAUCAAGUAUGGCUGGCCUGAAGAUAUCUGGUUUCACGUGGACAAACUGUCCUCGGCUCAUGUUUAUCUCCGCUUACCAAAGGGCGUGACUAUCAACGAUAUUCCUCCGGAAGUGUUAAUAGACUGUGCGCAGCUAGUGAAAAACAACAGCAUACAAGGUUGUAAAAUGAGCAACAUAAGUGUGGUUUACACGCCGUGGGCCAACCUGAAGAAGACCGGGGACAUGGACGUGGGACAGAUCGGCUUCCAUCGACAGAAGGAGGUGAAGACUGUCGCCGUGGAGAAGAAAGUCAACGAGAUUGUGAAUCGGCUGGAGAAGACCAAAGAGGAGCGCUACCCCGACCUGGCGGCCGAGAAGGAGUCAAGGGACCGCGAGGAGUGCAACGAGAAGAAAGCACAGCUGCAGGAGCAGAAGAAACGCGAGAAGGAAGAACAGAAGAAGAAAAAGGAGAUGGACGAGCUCAAGUGCUACACUUCAUUGAUGAAAAGCGAAAACAUGAAGACCAAUGAGGACGGUUACGACUCUGACGACUUCAUGUGAAGAUUGAGAGUGCAUUCAAAAGAGACUUAAAGUAAAACAACACAAGGGACAAGCAAAGCAGCGACGACAUAGCCUCAAACUAAAAUGGCCGCCACGCCCUGGAGGGAGGACGCCGUGAAAGCUCCAACGGAGGAGCCGAGGAGCAUUUUAAGAGGACAUAAGACUGACCGCGCCAUUUUGAAAGAUGUUCCAACUGACUGGUCGAACCUUUUGUUUUGUUUUUGCAUGUCAAAAGUUUACAAUCACUAAUUGACAUAUCAAUUAUAUUUUCUUUGUCUAUGUAAUUUUCACCGUUUGCAUCGGCAGUCGGGAACCUUUUUGGCUGAGAGCCAUUAACACCACAUUUUUAAAAAUGUAAUUCCGUGAGAGCCAUACAAUAUGUUUAAAACUUAAAAUACAAGUAAUGUGUGCAUUUGAUGUCAUUUCAACACUUUUAAUGUACAAGGGUUUGGGUUUAAUAAUUAAAGAUUUGUCUGCGAGCCUGAUGCAGCCGUCAAAAGAGCCAGAUCUGGCUCACGAGCCAUAGGUUCCCGACCCCUAAAAGUUCAUUUUAAUACAUGUUCAUGAGAAAAUAUCUUGUACAUAGAUGGCCUGGACAUUGUAUAAGUGGAAAUUUAAACCAUGCUUAUUGUUUUUAGCUAAAUGGAGAGAUAAAACAUGACUUUGAAUGAAAGGCUGGCUGCACUCAGAAUUGGUUGCCAGUCAGUCUCAAAGAACAUACGGAGAAUGUGUGAUUGUGGGUCUGAAUGCUUCAUAUUGUAAUUAUGAUUACUUGUACGGAAAAAUAUCACAUGUUUGUACAUGAAUCGUGAUUAAAAAAUGCACAAUGUUUUGAUUCAUGUGGGUCAAUGUUUUUUAUGGCAGUGAAGGCACUGGAAUUUGAACAUGCACUUUCUAGUAAAGACUU